AAGAAGUAGUACGAUACCUAAUCAGUUGUUAUGUGAUGUCAGUGUAGUUCCCAAUCCUCACCAAAUUUGUUGUCCUUUUAUUGUUAGAAAGAACUUUCCCCUUAUCUGCAAAAACACAUACAGAACAGAAUCUGAGAACCAGACCCUCUCAAACCGGAACCGCAAAUGAAGCCCAAGAGCAUUCGCAUCCGUAACUUACCAACGCACCUGCUGCUAAUCGCUGUUUGUCUGUUCACCUCUUCGUCCGCUUCCAAGAUCGGAGAAAAUUGUGGGUCAGACAACAAAUGCGACGCUGGACUCAGCUGCCAAACAUGUCCUGCCAAUGGAAAUACCCGACCAAGAUGUUCGCGGACACAACCUUUGAGCCCCACCUCCAAGGUGAAAGGCUUAGCGUUUAACCGGUAUUCAUGGCUGACGACUCAUAACUCUUAUGCUCUGGCGGGGGCGAGAUCGGCCACCGGGUCUGUCAUUGUGGCCCCUAUGAACCAAGAAGACAAAGUUGAUGAACAACUCAAAAACGGAGUUAGAGGAUUUAUGUUGGAUAUGUAUGAUUUUCAAAACGACAUCUGGUUGUGCCACUCCUUCCAAAGCAAAUGUUUCAACUUCACUGCAUUUCAACCUGCCAUAAACGUGCUUAAAGACAUGCGGACAUUUCUAGAUGGAAAUCCAUCAGAAAUUAUCACGAUCUUCAUUGAGGACUAUGUCACAGCUCCUCAGGGCCUAACAAAGGUCUUGAGAGAUUCAGGGCUGAGCAAGUACAUGUUCCCAGUGUCUCGCAUGCCCAAGAAUGGUGAAGAUUGGCCAACCGUCGAUGACAUGGUUCAGAAGAAUCAGCGCCUAGUCGUCUUCACUUCCAAAUCAGCCAAGGAAGCUUCUGAGGGCAUUGCUUAUCAGUGGACAUACGUAGUAGAAAACCAAUAUGGAGAUGAUGGCAUGAAAGCUGGUUCUUGUCCAAGCCGUGCAGAAUCACCCGCAAUGAACACAAAGUCUAGAUCAUUGGUUCUGGUCAACUACUUUCAUUCUGCUCCAAAUCGAUCUCAGGCCUGCGCUGACAAUUCGGCUCCACUACUUGACAUGAUGAAGACUUGUCACGAAGCAGCCGGCAACCGUUGGGCCAAUUUCAUUGCUGUUGAUUAUUACCAGAGGAGUGAUGGCGGAGGAGCACCACUAGCCGUUGAUGAAGCAAAUGGUCAUCUCACUUGCGGGUGUGACAACAUUGCCUAUUGCAAGGAAAACGCUAAGUCUGGCACAUGUGAUGUCCCUCCCAUUUCUCCACCUCCACCUGCUACAGAAACCCCCUCCACCGGAAACCAGCAGACCCAAAAUAACAAUCACACAAACAAUGCUUAUAUUGGUAGAACGGCCAAGUUGAUGCAAUCGGUUGUUGGAAUUUUGGCUACGACGACUUUCUUGGCAUGGUUAUAGAGUGUCAUUAGUUUGGGGGAGUUUAUAAUCAUUGAAAAUAUGUAUGCAUGUAUGUUGUAAACAUAGAGUUUAGAUGGUUGGGCCAAUUUGAUUCCGUGUAUUGUAUGGAAUCCGAGUCAUUUUUCAUCACACGGCGCACUUUAUGGCUGUAUUGUGAAUUGGUUUGUUUAAUGAUUGAAAGAACUUAUCAAACUCUUGUCUCGUGAAAGAACUCCUUUCUAUAACAGCUGUUGGUUGUGCACUUUGUUUCUUAAAAAAAUGCAGUUCCAUUA